UCGUUAAUAACUGGGGCUCCGUUGGAUUGUUCAUAACAACAGAGAGGAAGGCGCAUCAGCUCCAGCCCAGACGCGUUUUGGAACCGCACACAAACGGAAACCAGCCGUUCCUGCGUGACGAGCUCCGUUCUUCUACUGUUAGCUGUUGUUUGUAACGAGCUAGCUUUGUCCUUCGUAGUCACAGCUGUGGUGGGUCGCUGAUAUUUUUUAUAUAUAAAUCGCCGUGGAAUAUGGCUCAGAAUAAACAUCAUGUAGCCAGUUCCCAAAAAGCAUUAAUGCUGGAGAUGAAAAGUCUUCAAGAUGAGCCGGUCGAAGGGUUCAAAAUAACUUUGGUGGACGAGUCGGACCUGUACAACUGGGAAGUAGCGAUAUUCGGACCCCCGAAUACACACUACGAGGGUGGUUAUUUUAAGGCUCGGAUCAAGUUUCCCAUCGACUACCCGUACUCUCCACCAGCUUUCCGCUUUCUCACCAAAAUGUGGCACCCGAACAUCUAUGAGAACGGGGAUGUGUGCAUCUCUAUCCUUCAUCCACCAGUGGACGACCCACAGAGCGGUGAGCUGCCUUCGGAGAGGUGGAACCCCACGCAGAACGUCAGGACCAUCCUGCUCAGUGUGAUCUCUCUGCUGAAUGAACCCAACACGUUCUCCCCCGCCAACGUGGACGCCUCCGUCAUGUACCGAAAGUGGAGGGACAGCAAGGGCAAGGACCGAGAAUACAUCGAGAUCAUCAGAAAGCAGGUGGUGGCUACCAAAGCGGACGCAGAGCGGGACGGUGUCAAGGUUCCUGUCACGUUGGACGAGUACUGCGUCCGAACCCAAGUCCCACCCACAGACGAUGGCUCCAACCUCUUAUACGAUGACUACUACGAUGAUGAGGAGCUGGAUGAUGAUGAUGAGGAGGAGGACGAUGAGGACUGUUGCUAUGAUGAGGACGACUCGGGCACUGAGGACUCCUGACCUCGCCCUCCCUGCGACAUCGUCCCCCUGCCUGCUGUUCUUGUUCUCAACACCCCCACCCCACCGCUGACCGCCCUCUUCUGUCAUGAACUGAACUUUAAAUCCCACCUACCCCUCUUCUUCCCGAGUACUCACUUAGCACAGCCCGCCCCCCCCCGUCCACCUUCUGUCACAUGUGCAGUCACAGCGUGCGCACUAAAACCCAAUGCAUUGAAGAAAAGAAGGCUACAGAGUUUUUUCUGCUUACAUGUUUUAUUUUAUUUUUUUUUAUCUGUUCUGAGUAAAGGUUACACACAAUAUGCACACUCAGCUUCAAAGUAAUAGUUUUGGUUUCCUCACCUCCUCCUGUUGAUCUGCACUUACUAAAAAUUAACUUAGCCUUUUAGCUUCGAGUCCUAUUUCUUCUGCAGGCUUUGAGUGGAACAAAUAUGAUGUCUGAGUUAAUUUUGGUGCAGAAUGGUCACACCUGCUCUUAAUCACAGUCAUCAGGAGGCAGGUUCAGGUCAGAGUAAAGCAAGAUUUGUGAAGAAAGCUAACGUAGGAUAAUUGGCAUACUGUGCGUACGUGUGUCUGCGCGAGUUGUUUUGUUUUUUUUCCCUUUUUCUAAAGCGGAGUCGUUUCCGCCUCUGAGCCCCGGAUGUGUGUGUGACUCUACUCUAGUUUGCAGGCUGUUCAAAGCCCUGCCAUGCCUCACCUCUGACCUUUUAAGCCGCAAGGCUUGUGCUGCUCCACACAUGAAAGUUGUCUGCCAUUCACACUCGUGUGCCUUCCCUCACUCCCUAAUAUUCCACAUGUGACUGACCAAUGGGAUCCAUGAGUCACGGCAAACCCCAGUCAGCCAGGCAAGAGGAAAGUGGCAUAAGGAGUCAGUCAGCCCUCCUCCCGCUCUUUUAAUUCUCAGGUGGCGAUAUUGUGUAAACGGGGCCGUCCUGAUGGAACAACUUAUUUAUAGCGGCACCUGUCAGAUUUGUCCGAGGUGUGAGUGAGGAAGGUAAGAUCAAACAGCUGAACUAAAGAAUGGCAUGUAGAGCAGAACCCCAGAAACGUCCUCUACCGACUGCCACACGGCCUUCGUCGUACAAGCAUGCGCUACUAGUGGCCCGGAUGCAUUAAGAAACCGCUAGCCCAGCUCACUGCUGCUCGUGAAAUCUAAUGUACUGUAUUUAACAAACCUAUGCAGUCAGUGCUUUAACUUACUCAAUAUGCAGUGCUUUAAGCGUGGCAGUAAAGCUGAGCUUUGCAGCGUGUCCCGAACUCCAACUCAAGUCUCACAAGCCAGCCACGUGUCCUUGGUCAGAGAUGGACAUGUGUAGCUGCGUCUGUCUGUGGUUUGUGAUCCUAACUCAAGAGUAGCACAAGUCUCCAGAGCUGAAGAGUUGCAUUGUUCACUGCCCUUCACAGAGCUCACCCCCUGCUGGCGGCUGUGUGUACUGGCAUAUUUCUUUGCGCCAGCCAUUUUGACUCAUCAGUAUCAAAGGCCUCAAAGGCAAACGGGUGGCAGCUUGAUGCAGGACGUGAUUCAGAAGAAUUAAAAAUGGAGACAGAUGGGGGAAGGGGGGGGCGUCUUGUUUUCAGUCUACUGUACACCAUCAGACCCUCUCCUAACUGCCAAGAGUGCUCUGUUACACCCCCGUUACCACCACCUAACAGUAUUUCCGAUGAAAUCCUGACUGUAAUCAUGUUUCCGUUGUGUGUGUGUGUGUUUGUGUGUGUGUGUGUGUGAAUACUCGCUGAUGGGUUUUGUAUUAUUUUAUUUUUUUAGAUGAGCUGAAAUGUGCAGAGAAGAAAAGCAAAAAUGGGAAGGUACUGGGAUGGGGUUUAUCUUUAAGCAUGAACAGGAGAAUGUGGUUCUUCACUAGCAUGCUGUUAUGAUGUGUUUGUGGUUUUAAACCUGCUAUAAGGGUUGGGAUUGUGUCCAAGGAAAAAGGUCCUCUUAACUCAAUUUUAUCUGGGCUGUGUUUGGAGGGGAAGGGGGGCUGCUUUUCUGUUUUCAGGGUUGUUGUUUUUUUUCCUUUAAAUUUGUGGUAAAGGCUGCAAUGUUUUCUCUUAUAUGUAUUGACUUUAUUGUUAAAAGCCCUUUUGUUGUUCAUUAAAGACUGAGUAAAGAUAUGAACCAGUUACACAGAUAUGAAACGGAAAAGUUGAACAGAGCCAAACUGAGUCGGCACACCAUGCAGGGAUCGUUACCCGCUACUGUUUACGCCACAGAGUUGUCAAUACUGUAUAAUUGAUCAGUGUUUGUUACAUAGUUUAUGAAUGAACCCCUGCCUCUCUAUUGUAAUGGUUUGUGAGAAUGGGAUUUUUAUUUUUUUGGGGGGGGGUCAAACUACUGUUUUAUCGUCCUUGCUCCCCACACUCUGAGCUCUGGUUGGUGGCAGCCUCACUGAGGGAAACCCAGCAGUUAAGAAAACAACAAGAACCUCAGGAAAAAAACAAAACAACCACCAAUAAACAAACCCUUUUCCAGCUGAGUGAACCUGACCCCAGGCAGUCUCACUUUUUGGCUUCAAAGGACUGUUUACAAUCUACCUUGAUAUGCACAUGUGGAUAUUUUGACGAUCACUUGAUAUAUAUUUUUUUUUUUCCUCCUCGUUUUUGUUUUCUUUUUUUUUUUCUUAUGGUUUGUAAAUCUAUUUAAAAUCUGAAUAAAGCUCUUUAUUAGA